AUGAUUACAUCAAAAAAGAAGCUGCGAGAAGACGACAGUUGCAAGUCUUCUGAAGUGGAUGAAUCUGAUGAGGAGCGCGAACUAACAAAUUUAAAUUGGCUGCUGCGUAACCAAAAUGUAACUUGGCCAAAAACUAUCGAUGGUAACUCUGAGGAUGAUAUAAAUACAAAUACCCAUAUCACAUUGCCUGGCAAUCAGAUCAGAACGACCGUUAACGCAAAUGUUAAUUGUCAAAAGAAAGAAAAUAUUUUGGAUUAUGCGAGUAAUACUAAUUCAAAGAGCUUGACAAAGAAAUGCAUCACUCCCAAUUUAGUUUCCUAUUCCGAAUCAAGAAAACAUAGCUUGACCGCAAAUCCUGUUGCACCUACAAAGCGUCUAAGCCCCGCAGAGCGAUAUGAUAUAUUCAUCAACAAAAUUCAGCGAGAUUUGGCCGAAUACGAAAAGUCUGCGAUAAAGUAUAAAACCGAUGUGACUGAGAAGCCUCCUUUUAACUACUCCCAUAUCAUCGGGAUGGCAAUGCUGGAAAAUGGACGUGUCACGCUUCAGCAAAUCUGUGCAUGGAUUGAGUCAAAGUUUGCGUUCUUCCGAGCACGAAAAAAGUGGAAUAACUCCAUAAGGCAUAAUCUUUCGCUGCAUCACUGUUUUCGCAAUCGGAAACGUGAGGAGAAAGGCAAGGGAGGCUACUGGGAACUGGGAGUUGAUCCCAAAAAAUGUGAUAGGAAACGGAUACGUAAUCGUAAAGCAGGACAAUCAAAAUUGAUUGCUAAAAAUCAUUGUUCGCUGGCGAAAUUCCAAAUCUGCGAGAAUAUUCAGAGUACUCAAAAUAACAGCGAAUGCUCUCAGGAAAAACCCAUUCAAUUAUGCUACCGACAACACUCUGAACAAAUCCAGCCUAGCCAUUAUAUGGCCCAAUUGGAUUUAAUUGAAAAGACGCGUACCCUAACAGAAGUAGAAGUUGGUCUUGGUCUAUCGUUACCCAAUGUUCUCAGUCCCCGAAUACAGGAACAGGAUCCUGAUUCUGAUAGCACAUUUCUGUGUCCCAACGAGCUGGCGAUGACUACAAACGCAAUCGCUGAGGGAAUGCAGCAACAAUAUGAGCUUGGUACCAUCAUCAUAAGCACUACUGGCAUCAUAGACGAGUCCUCUUGCCUCAAUAGCAUUAUUAAUAACAAAUUCAGCUAUACUAAUAUGAUUUAUACAGAUGAUGAGAUUCCAAUGUCCAGUGAAAACGUUAUCAUAUCGUCCCAUAUGUCCACCGUGCUGGAUGUGAACAAAGAUGCGGAUAUUGCAUUGGAAUCUCCUGCCGUUUUUAGUCCUGAGCUCCCAGGCAGCUUAGCCAAUAAUUGCGAUUACUCCAAUUUUCGGGCAUAUAUAGACGGCGUCGACGAGUCAUUCAAUUAUCUUCACAGCUCUGAGAUAAAUAGGAACGAGGACAUUUUAGAUAAUCUGCUUGACGUGUGUGUAAGAGAUUAUUAAAUGACAGU